AUGGACGACGACGCCAACCCCACGCAACCUCUCCUCACAACCAUGACACCGCCAUCCACCGCCGCGGUUUUUACCGCCGCAGCUCCUGACAUGGAUCCAAUCACAAGCCCAAGAGAUUUUUUCAAACAGUUCGUGUUGGAGUCAAAGAUGCUGUGGUACCUCGCCGGACCAGCCAUCUUCUCGUUUGUCUCCAAAUACUCACUUGGCGCUGUUACUCAAAUAUUUGCUGGCCAUGUUAGUACGGUCGAUCUCGCCGCCGUGUCGGUGGAAAACUCCCUCAUCGCUGGCUUUUCCUUCGGCUUGAUGCUUGGAAUGGGAAGCGCACUUGAAACUCUAUGUGGACAAGCAGUAGGAGCAGGAAAACUGGACAUGUUAGGAGUAUACAUGCAAAGAUCAUGGGUCAUACUAUUUUCCAUGACAUUUCCACUAUGCUUCUUAUACAUCUUCGCAGGAACCAUUCUAAAAUUCAUAGGACAAACAACACAAAUCUCGGAGGCUGCCGGAACAUUUGCUAUAUGGAUGAUUCCGCAAUUAUUUGCCUACGCCCUGAAUUUUCCGGUGGCGAAAUUCCUACAAGCGCAAAGUAAGGUGAUUGUGAUUGCGGUUAUAUCGGGGGUUGCUAUGGUGUUGCAUCCGGUGUUUAGUUGGCUGUUGAUGGUGAAACUUGGGUGGGGAUUGGUGGGUGCUGCGGUGGUUCUUAAUGGAUCUUGGUGGUUUAUUGUGGUGGCUCAGUUGGGGUAUGUGUUUAGUGGGAAAUGUGGGGUGGCUUGGAAUGGGUUUUCUUUUGAAGCGUUUGGGAAUCUUUGGGGAUUCUUUCGGCUUUCUGUGGCUUCUGCAGUGAUGCUCUGGUCAGUUUACUCAUCUUUUCAUUAUGUUAUUCUUUUAAAAUAUUUAUUUUCAUCAGUUUAA